AUGACUGUCCGAUCAGCGCUGUCGCUGGUCCACCGGCGACUGACAACGUCCCCCGGCGCCGUUGCUGCUGCUGCUGCUGCUGCCGCCCUCGCCAAGAGCAGCAUACACGUCGGAUUACUCCCAUGCAGCAGGCUGCCGGCACAUAGCCAUCCUCGCUACAGGAUGCUCUCCACCACCACUGCCGCCGCUGGUGCCGCCGCUGGUGCCGCCACUUCCCUCCCGCGCCUCCCGAUCCUCGAGGCCGUCGCCGCGCACGACCCCGCGUCCACGGCCGUCAUCCACGCUCUCUCCGGCCGUCGCUUCACCUACGGUGAGCUCCUCGGCGACGUCGCCCGCGCGCGGGAGCGCCUGCGGGAAGCGGUGGGCGGGAAGGAGAAGUCACUCACCGGCGAGCGCGUGGCCUUUUUGAUAGAAAACAGCUACGACUAUGUCGUCAUGCUCCUGGCCAUCAUGGCCGCCCGCGCCAUCGCCGUGCCCCUCUCGCCGCCUUUUCCCGCCCCGGAGCUGCAGUACAUCCUCGACCAGAGCGCCGCCUCGGUCCUCGUCGCCUCCCCCAAGUUUGCCGCCAAGGCCCGCGAGGUGCUCGCCACGGACCUGCAGCGGAAGCCCGUCUACUUUGAGCUUCCCAAGCACACGGGGCGCGCGGCGAACAAGGAGACUGUCUCGUUGGCCGACGAGGACCUCUCCGGUGCCGGCCUGAUGCUAUAUACCUCGGGCACCACCAACCGACCAAAAGGCGUCUUGCUGCCCGAAGAAGUCCUCACAGCGCAGUGCCGCUCUCUCCAUCAAGCAUGGGAGUACUCGCCCGCCGACCGCCUCCUCCACGUCCUGCCCCUCCACCACAUCCACGGCACCGUCAACGCCGUUCUCACGCCGCUCUUUGCCGGCUCCUCCAUUGAGUUCAUGUUCCCCUUCAACGCCGACGCCGUCUGGAAGCGCCUUGCCGCACCCUUCCUUCCUAAUCCGACCGCCUCCCCCAUCACCUUCUUCACCGUCGUGCCCACCGUCUACAGCCGUCUCCUCGCCAGCCACAAGGCGCUCUCGCCCGACGUGCAGGCCGCCACCCGCGAGGCCACUUCGCCGCGCCACCUGCGCGUCAACAUCUCCGGGUCCGCCGCGCUGCCGACCCCCGUCAAGGCCGCCUGGGCCGCCCUCAGCGGCGGCAACGUGCUCCUCGAGCGCUACGGCAUGACCGAGGUCGGCAUGGCCCUGAGCUGCGGCCUGGCCUUUUCCGACCGCGUCGACGCCAGCGUCGGCUGGCCCCUGCCCUCCGUCGAGGCCCGCCUCGUCGACAUGGACACGGGCGACGUCAUCGAGCCCGGCCGCGAGCUCGACGCCCAGGGCCGCGAGCGCUCCGGCGAGAUCCAGCUCCGCGGGCCCACCAUCUUUCGCGAGUACUGGCGCAACCCCGACGCCACUGCCAAAGAGUUCGUCGACGGCGGCGAAGGCGGCGGCGGCAAGUGGUUCAAGACGGGCGACGUCGCGGUGCGCCGCCCCGUCGACACCGCCGGGCACAACAGCGCGCAGCAGGGCUGGGCCCAGGGGCCCAUGUACUUUAUCCAGGGCCGCAUGACGGCCGACAUCAUCAAGACGGGCGGCGAAAAGGUCAGCGCGCUAGAGGUCGAGCGCGAGCUGCUCUCGCUGCCCGAGGUCGCCGAGGCCGCCGUCGUCGCCGUGCCGAGCGGCAGCUGGGGCCAAAAGGUCGGCGCCGUCAUCAUCCUCGACACGGAGCACGCCGCCCGCUGGACGCCGCUCGAGAUGCGCCGCGCCCUCAAGGGCAGGCUCGCCGCCUACAAGAUCCCCCAGGUCAUGAAGAUUGUCGACCACAUUCCCCGCAACGCCAUGGGCAAAAUUAACAAGAAGCAGCUCGUCAAGGCCAUCUUUGUGGAGGAGACGAGCGGCGACGAACUGUAA